AAUUAAUGAGGAGGCAGCGGCCACGGGAGAAACUGGCUGCUUCUGGUUUCCAGGCAUAAAUACAAAGCGGAGCCGGUCUGAGGGAAAAACGGCACAAAGAAAGCGGAGCACACUAAGGAUUUAAAGCUGAAGACCAAGAGAGUCAGACUCCAUUGAAGAAGAGCUUGGACGGCAUGCAAAGUUGUGAAAUUUCCUCAGACAGCACUGAUGAUCCUCUUAGUAGCGGCCUACGCACUCAUCGGCAGCCUCGAAUAGUAGUGAUCGGUGCUGGCUUGGCCGGCCUUGCUGCAACUAGAGUCCUACUGAAAAACGGCUUCACGGAUGUCACAGUCCUAGAGGCGUCAGACCACAUCGGAGGGAGAGUUCAGAGUGUUCAGCACGGAACAGCAACUUUGGAGCUUGGAGCCACUUGGAUUCAUGGCGCCAAUGGGAACCCAGUGUACCACCUGGCAGAGGAGAACGGGCUGCUGGAGCACACCACGGAUGGGGAGAGGAGCGAGGGACGCAUCAGCCUGUACACAAAAAAUGGUGUGGCUCAUUACCAGACCAACGCGGGGAAGCGGAUCCCCAAGGACCUGGUGGAGGAGUUCAGUGACCUGUACAACGAGGUGUACGAGCUGACUCAGGAGUUCUUCCAGAACGGGAAGCCCGUUUGUGCCGAGAGUCAGAACAGCGUCGGCGUCUUUACACGAGACGUGGUGCGCAAGAGGAUCAUGUUGGAUCCUGAUGACUCCGAGAGCACCAAGAAAGUCAAACUGUCCAUGCUUCAACAGUACCUCAAGGUGGAGAGCUGUGAAAGCAGCUCUCCCAGUAUGGACGAGGUGUCACUGAGCGAGUUUGGCGAGUGGACGGAGAUCCCCGGUGCGCAUUACGUCAUUCCUGAAGGUUUCAUGAAGAUCGUGGAGCUCCUGGCCCAGGACAUCCCGUCCUGCACCACCUGCCUUAGCAAACCAGUCCGCCGUAUCCACUGGAAUUACUCCGCCCAGCACCAGGAGGUGAUUGCCAAGCCCAGCAACAACAACGCAGACAACAACCAUAACGAAAACCACCAUGGCUGCCAACCGCUAGAUGACCCUCUGAUCCUGGGUCGCCCCAUCUACGUGGAGUGCGAGGAUGAGGAGUGGAUCGCAGCAGACCACGUGAUCGUCACGGCCUCUCUGGGAGUCCUGAAGCAGAACCACGACAUCAUGUUCUCGCCCUCUCUGCCCGAGGACAAAGUGCUCGCCAUCAAUAAGCUGGGCAUCAGCACCACCGACAAGAUCUUCUUAGAGUACGAGGAGCCUUUCUGGAGCCCUGAGUGCAACAGCAUCCAGUUUGUGUGGGAGGACGAGGCUCAGCUAGAACAGCUGGUCUACCCAGAAGAGCUGUGGUACAAGAAGAUCUGCAGUUUCGACGUCCUCUACCCGCCAGAGCGCUACGGCCACAUGCUGAGUGGCUGGAUCUGUGGGCAGGAGGCGCUGCACAUGGAGCGAUGCGAUGACGAAACUGUGGCUGAGACCUGCACUGAGCUGCUCAGGCGCUUUACAGGAAACCCCGACAUUCCAAAGCCCUGGCGCAUCCUACGCUCCUCGUGGGGCAGUAACCCGUUCAUCCGAGGCUCCUACUCCUUCACCAGGGUGGGCUCCAGUGGGGGCGACUGUGAGAGGCUGGCCAUGCCGCUGCCUUACGCCAACAGCACCAAGGCCCCGCCUCUUCAGGUCCUGUUCGCCGGAGAGGCCACCCACAGAAAAUACUAUUCCACUACCCAUGGUGCUUUGCUGUCAGGACAGAGAGAGGCCACUCGCCUGACAGAGAUGUACCAGGACUUACACAGAGCAGACACCACAAAGCCUAAUCUGUAAAAUAAACCGAACCUCUGACUAGUGAAAAAAACAAACUGUUGAGUUUGACACUUUUUAUCUUGAUGAUUAAGUUAUACUUAGAAGCACAGCUUGGGCAUUAUUACACUUGAUAACACAUGUGUAUUGUUUCUAUCCUAUUGUAGAUUUAAACCAUGCUAAAUUUUAUUUGAGAUGUACUGUUUAAGAAAGUUGCCAAUGGUGCUGUCAUUUCUCGUCGUUAUCAUUCUGUCAUGUUUUUUUUAAAUCAGUAAUUUAAUGUUUAUAACAGCAGCAUCUGUAAUUUAACUUGUUUUUUUGUAAGUGCCUUCUGUUCAUCAUGUCAUUUCAAAUUAAUGAAAAUACUAAAUAAAAAGUGAUAAAGUUUGAACAAAAUAAAAAGUUAUAUCAUGAUCUAA